UUCAGCAACACUCAACCAUUUGGGAAGAAAUCUGAAUCAAGACAGAGCAUCUAACUUUGGAUUUGAAUGAGUAAACGUAGUGCAAUGAGGAUGAAUACGUGUUUUAUUCAAGCGUUUGUUUUGGUAAUGUUGGCGACCGCCGUAAUUUCGUCCAGCGAAAGCGGAAGCGGAAGCAGAAGCAGCAGCAGCAAAGAGAAGAGCGAGGGUGAGAAAUGUGGAGAAGUGAAAAAGAAUGGUGUCUUCAAAGCGAACGGUGUAUGUGAAGAAGGUACAACAUGCCUGUGUCCAGAAGUUCCAAACUGCAGCCGAAAGGUCAAGUGCUCCUGUGAAGUACAAACAACAGUGGCACCAACCGAUCCUCCAACCGAUCCUCCAACCGCAACCGAUAGUAUUACAUUUGCAACAUUGUCUUAGAAAUAGCAUCAGAUCGCUUUUCCGCUGUACACUGUACGAAAAAAAGAUUAAAUAAAA